CAAAACUCACUAUUCUUGGAUACUCGGCAAACUAUGAAGCUCCACCGGAAAGGUCGUUAUCGUCUCUUGGUCACGGCAGUAUUGCUGGGAACCGUGUGUUCCUUUGUUCCCGAGAAUUUACGGUCGGGAUCCGUUCGCAUUCCGAGAAAAAAUGCGAACGCGGGCAGCGUACCAGGAACUCACACGGUUUCGAAACAACCAUCCGCAUCGGCGACGCGUCAUAAAGUCUCCCAGACUUCGAUCGACGCGAACGCUCUACCAAUCAAGAACGACUUGAUCCAAGGACCCGUUAGCGCAAACAAAUCUAUUGGUUCCAUCACUUUUUUGCUUCCAUCCUCGGGAGCGGACGAAAUCAAAACCAACUUUGGAUCGUCGUCGCCCGUGGGAAAUCCUUCCCUCGAUGAAGCCGUUCGUCAUCUUGCUAACAAAUCACAGUACUUUUCGGAUGGACGGGUGGAGACGAGAAUUGUGUACGUUCCCAUCGAAGAGCAAGACGAAUCCGUUUGGAAGGAUUUGCUCGAAACCGACGUCUUGCUGGCCAUGGGUUUACAAUACGAAGCCGAUCUCGCCUUUGCCCGAAAGCUCUUCCAGCAACGCCACGAUCGAGAUGCGGAACACAGAUUCCGCCAGUGCCACUUUGCCAUUGACUGCGCACAAUCCUUCCCAACCAUGGUAGGACCAUACGACUCGGAAAAUCCAUCGUUCCGUGCGAAACUAUUGCCCUGGACCAAGCAUGCUUCCGGAAAGCGUUUGAGCCAGCAAAUGGUGGCAUUGCUACAACGAGGAAACUCGGACGACUUUGUUUUCGCGAUUAUGCUCUUUCUGAAUCAGUUUUCGGGGUCGUCAGUUGACUGGGUCAAGCACAGCAUUGAUGCAACUUGGGAAAAGGGUCCACUACGGAACGCCCAGGAAGUUGUCUCCAUGGUUUCCAAGUGCGGAGACUGUGUUGUUAAAUGCGUUCAGGACGAUAACUGUCGCGAGUGUCUCGAAGUGCUGACCGCGCUGGAUACUCGUGAUCAGGUUGCAUCCUACCGUACCAUUGUCUCCUACGAGUCGGAUUUGCUGAAGGACUUUUCCUUCUGCAUUUUGCAAAAGAACAACAUUUUCAAUUGCGACGCUUCUCUCCCGACCUUGCCCAACGUGCAACCUGUCGCCACGUGGCGGGAACAGCCUCUGACGGAGGACAUUGCUCGGUCGCUGCUCGUGGGCCACUUGAACGACGAAGCGGCACCCGAAAGUUCUUUGCGCACCGACAUUUCCUGGAAAGUCGCUUGCGGUGCCAACGAAGCCUAUGAUAAGUUUCCUUCGCAGAACCAACUCUUCUAUCCCGCUGCUCGCGGUCGAGAUUUGUGGUACGAUCCCGUUUUCCGCGUAGAAACUUUGGAUGGUCGAAAUGUUUGGUGCAAACGUCAUUACAAAGUGCGUCCGGCCGACAUUCCCGGUACUUUUCGAUUUUCAGUGCUCGACAAUGGUAUUACGUCGAACGAAUUCUGGACCAUUGUCGGCGUCGCUGACGAUUUGUCCUGGAUUGUCUUUCACUAUGCCGGUGCCGCUAGUGCCGUAGGACAACGAUAUCUAGGUGGAUUGCUGUGUACCGCGGAUGGAUCGUUGCCGGACGAGUCGCAACGACCAGAGAUUUGGCGCGUGUUGCGAAGUGCCGGCAUUCAACCAUGGGAUUUGUACACCGUUAACAACGACUUGACUAGUCCAGGGGCCCAAGAGGCCGGUCCACCACCGCUGGACUAUUUCCGCAGAGAGGUCCUGGCCAAGCGAGCGGCUAGUAGUCCUCAUCCUUAGAUAUGCCAGGAGGGGGUUGCUACCUAUUUUGCUUCCACCUAGACUAAAAACUGUUAAGCUGUGCUAUCAAUACCAAUCAGCAGUCCACAAGUUAAAAAAUUUUACAAAGCGACCAGCCCGGGCCCUAAACGCCCAGCCAGAUCCUUUAGUUUGGCUGGGUCAGAAAGGGACGACAAAACGUCAUCAGUGCUCUGAGGUCUCGUCGCAUGGGUAAGGUAACGAGAAAUUUGUACAAACUUUUCCGAUG